AUGGAUGCUAUGGAAAUCUCCUUUGGAACCAUAAUGCUGUUACAGAUCAGCAUCGGAGUCUUAAUGAAUGCCUUCCUUCUCCUUUUUCAUACCCAUAUGGUCUCUGCUAGCCACAGACUUAGCUAUUCUGACCUGAUCCUUGCUCACCUGGCCUUGGCUAAUUCCCUGACCCUUCUCAGCAGGGGAAUCCCAGACACCCUAUAUAUUUGGGGGCUGAUAAAUUUCCUGGAUGACAUGGGGUGUAAAAUCCUGAUUUACCUGUACCGAGUUUCCCGUGGCCUUUCCAUUUGUACCACCUGCCUCUUGAGCAUUUUCCAGGCUGUCACCAUCAGUCCCUCCACCUUCCGGUGGGCAGGAUUUAAAGCCAAAUUACCCCAGUGUGUCAUCCUCUCCUGUCUCCUCUCCUGGGUCAUGAAUCUGCUGAUCGACUUUUAUAUACUGAAGUAUGUAACAGGCCCACGAAACAGCAGUAGUGUUCAAAUAGUUAUGGACCUCAAGUAUUGCAUCAAAGUCAGUGCUGAACCGGAAACCAAACUGGCCAUUGCUGUGGUACUUCCACUCCGGGAUCUGUUCUUCGUGGGGCUCAUGAGCGUGGCCAGUGGCUACAUGGUAUUUGUCCUUCACAGACACCACCGGCAGGUCCGGCACCUCCACGGGCCCGGCUCCUCCUUGAGGGUGAUGCCUGAAGUCCAAGCGGCCAAAAGGGUCAUUGCUCUGGUCACCCUCUAUGUCCUCCUCUAUGGGAGACAGGCUGUCAUGCUGAGUGUUAUUAUCAACAUGAAAGAGAAGUCUCCUCUGCUGGUGAGAGUCCACCUACUUUUGUCAUUUUCCUUCUCAGUUGUCAGUCCGUUCCUGAUGAUCCACAGUGACAGGAGGCUGAGUGUGUUCUGGAAAAGGGAUUUCCCUGUGUCAAACACAGAUCCAUCAUAA